CUCUAACAUCUUCUCUCUAAAGCCAUCAUCUUAGUUUUGGUGUGUGCCUUGCUGUCUAUUUUGGUGCUUCCCCUAGUGAUCUUAAAGACCAAAAUCAUCAUGAGAAUGUUUCUAUCUCUCUUGCUUCUCUUGGCCAUGACCAAAUUUUCAAGUGCUAUUUACUGUCUCUGCAAAGAUGGAAUGGGAGACAACGCCCUUCAAACAGCCAUAGACUAUGCUUGUGGAACUUUAGCAGAUUGUAAUCCAAUCCAUGACAAGGGUCCUUGUUAUCAACCAAACACCAUCAAGAACCACUGUGAUUGGGCUGUUAAUAGCUACUUUCAAAAAGCAGCUCAAGUCUCUGGAAGCUGCAACUUCUCUGGAACUGCAACUACUAGUCAAAACCCACCUUCAAAUUUGGUUAGUGGAUGUACAUAUCCUUCAAGCCCUAGCUCUGCAGGGUCGCCACCUUUAACUACACCACCAACGGGAAACACAACAACAAACGGAACCGGAGGCUUUAAUCCAUUUCCGGGAACUCCUUCUGCUUUUGGUCCCACCGGAACCGGAGGCUUUACUCCAAGCAAUGGUGCUUCAAGUUUGGUCAUUUCCUCUGUUUUCAUACUCUGUUUCUCAUCACUAGCGUUUCUAUUCUGAUGUAAGGUUCGUGUAGAGAGACAAAGAAACCCACAUGGGUUCUGUAUUUGAUUCCCUUUUGGGUUCAAAAAAGAAGCUUAUAUGCUUUGUUCUGGUUCAUAUCUCAGUUAUUACAUUUAUGUAAAAGAUGCUCUAAUUAGAAUCUUGAGU